GAAAUCUUUCCAAGAAGCCAGCAAAAAAAAAAAAAAUGGGACAAACUUUUGGAAAGGAGGAAAAGAAAGAUAUCAGUUCCGUGAUCGGAAGAUGCUACGACAAAUACUUUGCAGACACUAAAAAGAGAUGGAACUCGGCCGAGUUUUACCAUGCAGUCAGUGAGACAGUCGAAGAAAUGAACAAGAUGCUUGGCAGCACUCAGUUUCAUGUCCCAAAGAGUCCUGCUCUUGAACAAGCCUACAAUAAACACCACAAAGGAAAAGGGUCAUUGAGCAAGGAAGAUUUUCAGAAGAUCUUGCAGGACAUAAUACUGGAUUCGGGUGUCACCGGAAUGGGAAUCAAGGACAUAUUCCUCUUCAUAUUUGGAAUACCUAUUGUCACCACGUUUAUUAAGCAAAGGGCAGCCCCAAAUGUCGUCCCCAAUGAUGUUUUCAUUCCAGCCGUCACUUCUGCCUCUGUGUUCCUCCUCGCCAAACUCAACAAGAUAUGAUCAACAAAAACAUGACUGUAUAUUAUGAUUUAUAUAUGCUGUAUUUCACAUUUGCUGAUUACCAAAGAAAUCCGUUUUAUAUUA